AUGGCCAUUUUAAAGAUUAUCGUGAUAUCCUUAACAAUAGCUUAUGUUUGUGCGAGACCAUUCGAACAACUUGAAGGUGGAUUUGCAUUGCAAGGCGGUUUCGAGGGCCAAGAGUACGGACCUCAAAGAUUCUCGCCGGGAAUUUUUGGUCCAGGACAAUUUGAGCAAGGAUUGGGUUUAUCUGGUUUUGGACAAGAACGUUACAGUCCUGGCGGCUAUUACGGCCCAGGAGGUUUUGGACAACGUGAAUUUGGUACCUUGGGACUCGGUCAACGUGAAUUUGGUCCCGGCUUUGGUCAAGGUGGAUUCGGAGGUUUUAGAGAACAAAUUCUACUGUAA